GGGGCACGCUGCUGUUUUGGUCAUGUGCUAGUCGUAAAGUUUUUAUCGUCCUCAUGGAAGAAUCGUCGCUUGUGCCUUAACUUUUUGUAGUGUCGUGGGGAGUUUGAGUGUCCGCAUUUGGAAAAAUGCAGGAUCAUAAUUAUUAUUUCUCAGGGGAAAAGAUCAAGGACGUGCUGUUGAACAAGCCUGGGCACGAAGAGGAAGAACUGGAAGAAACGAGAGUGUUCCUAGGCGUCGCCUUCUCCAGGUGGACCUCGCUGAAGAGGGACAAAAGUUUUAAGAGUGAUGCCGAAGUGGCCUGCUUUCUGCUGGACAGCUAUGAGAGAGUUGAGAUGACAUCAGCGCCCACAAAGGAAAAGCUUUCACAAGUCCCAGCUCCAGCUACCUUUGGCACCAGUCAUUCUUUUAAUGGACCCAACAGCUAUGAGAGAGUUGUGAUGACAUCAGCGCCCACAAAGGAAAAGCCUUCACAAGUCCCAGCUCCAGCUAUCACUGAUACCACUUGUUCUUUCAACAGCUAUCAGAGAGUUGUGAUGACAUCAUUGGCUACAAAGGAAAAACCGGUACAAGUCAUAGGUCCAGCUGCCUUUGGCGCCACUCCUUCUUUGAGUGGAGCAAACAGAUUUCCAUAUCCAAGAUUGCCAAACGGAGUGGGGAUGCGUCCAGUGACUAACCUUCAACCACCUAACCCCAGAAUUCUCAAAAUGGUUGUAUUUGUACCUCCACGAUCAACAUCAGGGUUAACACAAAUCAGGAGAAAUGCCCAAGAUGCACCUCAAUUAAAUGCUGGUCUGAGACAGCGGGUCAUAGAUCAUCUCCAGCUAAAGAAAACACCGGAAGAAGGGCCCACAAAGAUGGAGCCGGAGGAGCGUUGUAUAAAGAUGGAGCCGGAGGAGCGUCGUAUAGAGGAGGAGCAGGAGGAGUGUUGUAUAAAGAUGGAGCUGGAAGAGCAUCGUAUAAAGAUCGAGGUGGAGGAGCGUCGUAUAGAGACGGAGCUGGAGGAGCGUCGUAUAAUAAAUCAGCAGGAGCGCCAUGAAAAGGAGGAGCAGGAAGAAUGCCACUUAAAAGACGAACACAAAGAACGCCAAAUAAAGGAGGAGCAGGAGGAACAUCACAUAAAUAGCGAAGAGGUUGAAGGGAAUCUUAAUGGGAUAAGGGAGGCUGAUAUCACUGGGUUUCUGCUCACUUCUGUUCAUGUGAAGAGUGAAAAUGGUGAAAAGAAACCGCAGUCCCCACAACCUCAUCAAGGCCCGCCUCUCAAAAACAUAGAAGCGCAGACACAAACCAGAGGAUCAGGUAAACGAAUGAAAACAGAAACUGAGGACGAUAGAGGAAGCAAAAAGGCUAGGAACUCUUAUUACAGUAGCUGUUUACCACAGAAUACUAAUGUACAGGCUUCAGACUUCACCGAGACUAAAGAUACUGAGGAUGGUGAUAAUUAUUGGCAGGAGCCAUUGUCUGCUUCUGAACCUGAAACUGAAGAUGGCAAGAGUAAAAACUCUAAUCUGCAUCAAUCUCUGUCAGAAUCUGGAUCUGAAACUGAAGACAGCAGCAUUGAAAAUUAUAACUUGCACAGAUCUUCAUCAGAAUCUGGAUCUGAAACUGAAGACAGCAGCAUUGAUAAUUAUAACUUGCACAGAUCUUCAUCAGAAUCUGGAUCUGAAACUGAAGACAGCAGCAUUGAUAAUUAUAACUUGCACGGAUCUUCAUCAGAAUCUGGCUCUGAAACUGAAGACAGCAGCAUUGAUGUUUACAACUUGCACGGAUCUUCAUCAGAAUCUGGAUCUGAAACGGAAAGCAGCAGCAGCCUUGAUAAUUAUGACUCGCAUGGACCUUCAUCAAAAUCUGGAUCUGAAACGGAAAGCAGCAGCAGCAGCAGCACCAGCAGCAGCGUUGAUAAUUAUAAUUUGCACAGACCUUCAUCAGAAUCUGGAUCUGAAACUGAAGGCAGCAGCAUUGAAGAUGAUGGUAAUUGGCGGAAACCGUUGUUAAACUCUGAACCUAAACUUGUAAACAGUGGUGCAAAUGGAAAAAAGCGAUUUCACACACCAGAGAAACCAUUUCGUUGUAAAAUUUGACGUAAAACAAGUAAAAUAUUUUAAUAAACCAAAACAGAUUACUUAAGACACAUAGGACAGGACAAACAGUUUGCAGCUUUUAUAUAUAAAAAAUUUAAAAAAAUGAUGACAAUAAUAAUAAUAAGGUUAAAGUGUCAGACGUAGGGGUUCACAUGGGGCCGAGAGAGAGACCAUUUAGUUGUAGCGUCGGCAGACAAAGCCACAUGACUGAUGGCAUGACAUGAUUAAUUAUACAUUUUUAGUGUUAUGGUCAUUGGUGUUUCUGAUGGCUUUCUAGCAUGCACGGCAGAGUAGGAAAUUUGAACAAGGGGUUAUCUUAUCACAUUCAUGUUUCUAAAUUGCUGAAUAGUUAGUUGAUCAGUACAAGGGAAUAAUUCCAGAUGAUGCUGUGUACAUGGUCUUUUGGUAAUUAUUAGUGGCAGUAAUCUGAUUUAAACCAUUUUUGUUGAUGAUGGCUAAGGUAACAUCAAUAAAGCACACUGAGAAACUGC